AUGCAGAUACUACAAGGAGCAAUGUACGGACUCAACCAGUACGGGCAGGAGACCAGCGCCCAGCGGCUCUGUUUAAAGAAGCUGCGGGAGGUUGGGGCGAACACCUUCCAAUUUGCUCCUGGCACCUGUGAUCUCUGGAAUUGCAGCUCCGCAGAGGCACUGAAAAGUGGAGAGUGGAGUUCCGGGCUGUCGUCUCCUGCAGUCUUCAGUGAGCUUUGCGACUACCAGGACCCCAACCCCAGUGCAGGGAGGCGCCACAGCCCGGUGUUUGUAAAGCUUUGGGAGUGGAACUAUGCAGACAUCAGCAAAGAGUGCCAAGACUUUCUCGGGCCGAAUGGCUUUGAUGCCGUCCAGGUGUCCCCAGUCACUGAGCACAAACUUGGUCCCCAGUGGUGGACGAAGUAUCAGCCUGUGUCCUUCUCCCUGAGCUCACGCUCCGGCUCCACAGAAGACUUCGCGGCCAUGGUUGCCACGUGCCGUGCAAGCGGUGUGGAGGUGAUAGUGGAUUUAAUCAUUAAUCACAUUGCGACCCCAUGCAAGGAGGGGCGUGGGACGACUGAAGGGAUGCCGUGUGUUGGCUGGAACGGAAGCCUCUACGGCAACAGGCGCUUGGCCGGGGCCAGGGGUUGGGAUUCUGCCAGCCCUGAGCUCUUCAAUCAUUUGGAAGACUCUCUGAUGGAGAACUGCGUUGUGGGUCCUCCAAGCUGGACUUGCAAGGCUGGCAGCAUCGAUGUCACUGACUGCAGCUGCUGCAGUUGUGAUUUCCUGAAGCUUCCAGAUUGGAAUACGGCCCUGCCUGCAGUGCACGACAUGCACAUGAGACAUGUGCAAGAGCUGCAUGACAUUGGUGUAACCAUGUUGAGGGUCGACCUCUCACUGUUUGAGUCCAUUGCGGAGCUGAGCAACGUGCUCAACACUGUCCCGUGGCACUUUGUUUACCAAGAGUGGUGGUGGGAAGCCCCGGACCCAAUGCGCCACCGUUACAUCGGACAUUUUCGAGACAUUACUUACAGAUAUCUCAUCACACACUACUUGGGCAACUCGACGCUGGCCAAGCUGCCAGAGGCCUUGACGUUGUCGCGAGGGCAUGACGAGAUCCGUCCUGAGACGAGCAUUUAUCCGAUAGCUUUUCAUGACGGCCGAACUUGGAAAGCAAACCCCGCCAAUGCCACCUACAAGAACGGCCUGGAGUUUCAUCAGCAGCAGAAGUUUAUGCUGGCCUGGCCAAUGGGGGCGUCUGUGCUGCACCUCGUCUCGUGCCAUGGAGGGUUUAAAACUUAG